GACUGGGGCUGUAAGGACCUGGCUACCCCAGAGCAGUGGUUCUUGUGCCUCUCUGCCCUUCCGGAGCAGUCCAGACCAGGGUGUUGGCCAUGUCCCAGCUGGUGGAGUGUGUCCCCAACUUCUCAGAGGGGAACAACAAGGAGGUGAUUGACGCCAUCUCAGGGGCCAUUGCACAGACCCCGGGCUGUGUACUCUUGGAUGUAGAUGCAGGCCCGUCCACCAACCGCACUGUCUACACCUUCGUGGGGCAGCCAGAGUGUGUGGUCAGCGGUGCACUCAAUGCUGCCCGAGCAGCCUGGGGACUUAUCAACAUGAGCCAGCACCGAGGGGAGCACCCUCGCAUGGGUGCCCUGGACGUCUGCCCCUUCAUCCCAGUGAGGGGCGUCAGCAUGGAGGACUGUGUGCUCUGUGCCCAGGCUUUUGGCCAGCGGCUGGCAGAGGAGCUCAGCGUACCAGUGUACCUGUACGGUGAGGCAGCACAGAUGGCCAGCCGCCGCAGCCUGCCAGCCAUCCGAGCAGGAGAGUACGAGGCGCUGCCUGAGAAGCUCAAGCGGGCCGAGUGGGCCCCCGACUUUGGCCCUAGCACCUUUGUCCCCAGCUGGGGGGCCACCGUCACAGGGGCGCGGAAGUUCCUUAUCGCCUUCAAUGUCAACCUGCUGGGCACCAAGGAGCAGGCCCACCGCAUUGCCCUCAACCUUCGGGAGCAGGGCCGAGGGAAGGACCAGCCGGGCCGUCUGAAGAAGGUGCAGGGCAUUGGCUGGUACCUGGAGGAGAAGAAACUGGCACAGGUGUCCACGAACCUCUUGGACUUUGAGGUCACAGCACUGCACACAGUCUACGAGGAGACCUGCAGGGAAGCACAGGAGCUGAGCCUUCCCGUAGUGGGCUCGCAGCUGGUGGGCCUGGUGCCCCUGCAGGCCCUGCUGGACGCCGCAGCCUUCUACUGCCACAGGGAGAACCUGUUUGUGCUGGAGGAGGAGCACCGGAUCAGGCUGGUGGUGAGCAGGCUGGGCCUGGACUCCCUGGCUCCCUUCAACCCCAAGGAGCGGGUCGUUGAGUAUUUGGUCCCCGAUGAUCCAGAGCAGCGCCUGUUGGACUUGUCCCUACGAGACUUUGUCCGUGAGGUGGGCGCCCGCUCAGCAGCCCCUGGUGGUGGCUCAGUGGCUGCGGCUGCUGGUGCCAUGGUGAGCAUGGGGGAAGCCAAGGGGGCCCCAAAGAGCGGAAGCCCGAGCCAUCCCCCGGGAGGGUGCCCACACAGCUCUUCCCAGGGCGCGGCGCUGGCCUGUAUGGCCGGCCAGAUGACCUAUGGGCGGCGCCGCUUCGAACACCUGGAUGGGGCCAUGCGGCGGCUGAUCCCACCCUUCCACAAGGCAGCGGCCCAGCUGGCCUCACUGGUAGAUGCUGAUGCCCAGGCCUUCACUGCCUGCCUGGAGGUGAUAAAGCUGCCCAGGAACACACCUGAGGAGGGUAACAGACAUGCAGCUGCCCUGCAGGAGAGGCUGAGGCAGGCGGUUGAAGUGCCCCUGGCGCUGGCAGAGACAGUGUCCCCACUGUGGCCAGUGCUACAGGAGCUGGCCCUCUGUGGGAACCUGGCCUGCCUGUCGGACCUGCAGGUAGCGGCCAAAGCCUUGGAGAUGAGCGUGUUUGGUGCGUACUUCAAUGUGCUAACCAACCUGCGGGACAUGGUUGACGAGGCGUUCAAGGAGCAGAUUCACCAGCGCAUCUCCAGCCUCCUGCAGGAAGCAAAGACCCAGGCCAUGCAGGUGCUGAACAGCCUAGAGGCCCGGCGGGAGUGCUGGCCAGCGGGACCUUCUUGUCCAGUGAGGCCCCUCAGUCCCCUUCAGAUGGGGGCUCCACACAUAGCUUGCUCCCUGGGGGCACAGGGUGUGGAUGGAGGACAGGUGGGUCUUGGGGCAGGGCCUGCCUAUUUCCCUCAAUCACCUGUGGUCCCCAAUAAAGUCUGAACAUCCAGUGUG